AAAAUGUGCACACAUCGUUUUCAAUGAUUUUUUUAUGGAAAUUUAAUAGGUGAAAAGAGGCGAAAAAGGCAGCCGCAGCCUUGGUCCUUAGGCUCUUGGUAAGCACAGUGUGCAGGUUGUCUCAUUUUCAUUCAGCCAUUUAGCGAGCUACUGAUGUCCUGUAACAAGAUGACUGUUUGUGAACGGCAAGGACAUUAGCCCAUGUUUGUUGGAGGGUUUUCUGCUUGAGAAGUUCGAUAUUUGGCAUGGACAUUUUGUAAAAUUGUGGCUCUGCGAGGAGAAGUAAUUCCUAAUUGAAGGACUUCAACCCACUCAAAUAGGAGCCUGUAAAGGUUACAUCCAUGUAGUAGGCACACUGUACAGCGAGCAAACCUAGUCCAUUGUAGAUACAGUAUUGAAGGUUAAUGACAAGGCGAUACUGGGUGCCCAGCUAGCUUGCUGUGCGGUAGAUGUGGACAUUGAUAACACAGGGACGUCGUUUUAGUCUGAAUGCUGAGGAAUCCGUUCUGACUACACUCAGGAUAAAUUCUCCAGUUUCUGCUCGUUGGAACUCACUGAAUCAGCAAAUUGUAAGACGCCUUGAGCUUCAAUAAAAGAAGUGGGAAGCCGUGUAUGUCUACAUCAGCAUCUGAUGAGAGACAAGCCAAGUUGAAAUGCCACCGUGAGUUGUAAGCAAAUACACCCAUCAGCUGAUGACCGUUGGAUUGCUCAACUCCUCUUGGAGAAACCUGCAACAGUCUACACAUCACAAAAGAAGCUGCACAAUAUUUUCUAUGGAGUGGAAAUAUAAUGCCUAAUUGAUCAUCAUGUCUGCUGCCAGCAGCUCAGACAAGAAACCUACUGUAACAAGUAAACCAAAAGUUGUCGAUCCUAAGCCAGAAAUCGACCCUAAGGAAGCAAAGUUGGAUGCCAAGCCUGACAUCAAAAUAGAACUCCCAAAACCAGAGAUAAAGAUUCAGUGUGUUAAGCCCGAGAUCAAGCGGCAAGACAGCAAUGGAAACCGUAAAAACCCAACUCUUAAAAAAGAUUCGUCGUUCGAUUCUAAGAAGGAUGGGGCUAAGGACGGUAAAGUCGGCGAGACAAAAAGAACUGAUGGAAAGAAAGAGAGACCAGACUCUUUAAAACGAGACCCUAAGUUGGAUUCCCCGAAAGGGAGGACGGAAUCCAUCAAGAAACAUGACUGUAGUAAGAAUGUUGGAAAGAAAGCGCUUAUUGGAGGGCGGGGUAGGGGCACGGAAGGGCGUGCUGAAGGGGAAGGUAUUCCCAGAUUGCAGAGGCAGGCUAGUCAGGAAGAGCCGGAAGUAAUCCCUGCCCCUGUACGUCGAAGGUCAAACCCGAGGUCAAAGUUGAGUCGGAGCCAACCAGUAUCGGAUGAUUCGUCGCCACCACAGACCCCGGAUUUACCACUUACUGAACAAGCCUUCAUGAAACUUCCGCGUGUGGACCAUUUUUCCAGACUGCCACACCAGCUGAGUGGUGACAUACCUCCCAACAAACUGUAUAAACAGCAUAGCUAUGAGGCUCGAAGUGAACCAGCACUGUCUAGAGAACCAAGUCAAGAGAAGGAGUUAUAUAUAGAUUCCAGUGGUGUAGACUUACAUCAAUUCAUCGUGGAUACACUACAGAAACCUAAUGAUAGAACCAUGCUGCUUAAAUUAGAACAAGAACUUUGCAAAUUUAUUCAGAACCAAAAAGAACAUGUCCGUAAAUUUCCACCAAUGACGUCUUAUCAUCGUAUGAUAGUACAUCGAGUAGCUGCUUACUUUGGACUGGAGCAUAAUGUCGACCAGGCCGGCAAAUCUGUUAUUGUAAAUAAGACACAAAACACAAGAAUACCGGAGCAGAAGUUUCGAGAGCACAUCAAAGAAGAUUCUCAAGAUGCUCAGGCUAAACGGAUCUUAAAGAGAGACACGGCUAGCUUUGAUGAUAAAGAUGAUGAGGAGAAGAGUUACUUGGAGAAACUUGAAGGUGGAGCAAUGGGAGGACAGCUUAAAGACGACAAAAGGAGCAAAUCUUAUGAAGAGAGAGAAGAAGAAUAUGAAAGAGCAAGAGCAAGGAUCUUCAAUCAAGAAUCUGGCUCGUCACAAGAAGGGACCAUCAUGAUUGAGUCUCCAGUCAGACCAGUCAGAGGUCCGCUCGCACCCAGCAGUCGUCAAAACAGUGGAACCUCCGAUGACUCCACCUACCUCUGGAAGCAAGAUCGACCGUGGAGCAGCGUCGACUCUUCUAGUGGAUCAGAAAGGCCCUCUAUACCUGCCGUUACUAAAGCUAGUAGCUUCGCAGGUAGUAGCCUUGGAACUAAGAUCCUGAUGAGGAACGAUAGUAGUGGGAGUAGUCGAAGCAGUGGCAGUCUUGGGAGUCGUGGAAGCCUCGGCAAACUACCAAGGGGAGAUUCUGCUGAGCGAGGAGCCGCCAGUCCUAACGUCCGUCCAUCCCCAACUUUCCAGUACCACCCAUCUCUGGGUACUAUAAGUCAGAUUCAGCACUCUUACCCCUCCCCCUCGGUCUCCUACACCCAACCCUACCAGGGUACACAGGUCACAUGGGCAGGCAAUAUGCCUAGCAACCAAGGGGUGCCACUCCUAGUGCAGUCCGGGUCACCACAGGGGACACCUCAGCCGGGAAGCAUCAGUCAGCCGGUGUUGUUUGCUGCACCUAAUAUAGAGUCGGUUCCCCCUGGCAGUGUCUUAAUCAACCCACAGACAGGCACUCCUUUUUUAAAUCAAGAUGGCACACCAAUGGUAUAUCAACCACAGAAUGUUAACCAACAAGUCAUGUCUAGCCAGCAGCCGCAGCCACAGCCACAACAACAGCCCCAUCCAAUCACUAGCCUACCAAGUCAACCAGGCCACGCCUUCCCAACACAGCAGCAGAUGAUGUCACAACAGCAUGCCAUGCAGCAGCAGCAACAACCACAGCCAAUAGUAUCGCCCCAACAUCCUCAUCAACCAAUGACAGGCCAGUUUUCGGCUGGGGGAAGCCAUGUUGGAUCUCCGGGUGCUGUACCGCAGCCUUGUGGAAUGCAACAGCAACAACUGCAGCAACAGCAGCAGCCGCAGCAGCAUGGGAUGGUGCACCAUCAACAUUCAGGGGAAUAUCCAGAGCUGAACUCCCAACUGCAGCAGCUGCAUUUCUGCAGACAGCUAUCCGGUGGUGAAGGUAAUAUGGCACAGCUGCAACAACAACAGCAGCAGCAACAACAACAACAACAACAACAACAACAACAACAACAACAACAACAACAACAGCAGCAGAUACAACAACAACAGCAACAGCAGCAACAACAGCAGGCCGCGUCUGCAGCACAACAGUACAUGUCAAGUGGUUACAUUCGUCCCGUAAGCCAUGUAGGGAUGGGCUCACCUGGUGUUCAGGGAUCAUCUCAACAACACCAGCAGAUGGGACAACCCCCCUCACAGCAGCAUGCUCAGGUGGUGCAGGUUCCACAGUCUCAGCAAGUGAAUGUUCCACCAUCACAGAUGUAUCGUCAUUCACCUCCAUCCCAACUCCUGCCCCAACAGCAUUCAAUACAGGGCCUCCAACAACCUCAACCUCAACCUCAACCCCAACCAAUUGCCUCAGGUAGUCCUCACCAGCUAGGGCUAGUGUCCCCUGUCAACCCACCCACAGGGGGACCCGUGUUGUAUCAGACACAGGGUGGUGGGUUGGUCAGUCCUCAGCAGCCAAUGCCUCCACCUGUACAACAGGUGUCUUACCCCCAAGGAUAUCAGGGUGUGAUCCCAUCACAACAACAACAGCAGCAGCAGCAGCAACAACAACAACAAGGUCAACCCCAUAUUAUGUAUCAACCUCCUAUAGAUCAACAGCAACAACAGCAGCAGCAACCACCACUGCAACCACCCUUCAGUCAAUCUGUGCCGAUCUUUUACCAGCCGGCAUCGUUGCCCACCCAUCCCGCUCAGCAAGAAAUGCAGCGCCCAACGUCCCCAAAUGCUCCCAACCCCCUUAUGGUAAACCAACAGCAGCUGAUGAGUUAUCCUCCUACUAUGGUUGGACAACGUCCCCCUGGCCCACAACAACAACCACAACAACAGCAGCAGCAGCCGCAGAUUGUCACGCCGAGCUCUUACGUGCAGUCAGUGCCGGGAACGAUACCGGGGCAGAUGCAUCCAAUUUCCCAACAGACAAUGUUGCAAUAUCAACACCACUCAAGGCGUGGCUAUGCGGGGGAUCGUGCAAUGAAAGGUUGGGAUAUGUACAGUGCUGAUGGUUCCCUGCAGAGUCCUGGUGCCUCACCUUCACAGAGCCCUGGGCCGUCCUACAUGAGGAUGAGUCCGCAAGAAAGAGGAAGUACUAGGUCUGGUCAAUUCAAAGUUCGACCACCGAGGGCGCCAAGGCGACAGCGUAAGAUCCAACAUUCUGAGGCAGUAGGCCCCCAGGAAACUAUAGAAAUACCAGCUGCUACUGAGACGCUUGAAGUAACAAACCUAUCAGCUGAUCUGACUUGUAAAGCAGCGCUAACAUUACUAGAAGACACAGUCAAACAAAUUGGUGAAAUAAGAUGGCUACCAAACGAUGGACAGAGACCUUGCCUUGGAUCUCACCAGGUGGAUCCAAAUGACCAGGUUUCCAAUUACACUGUUCUUAUCACGUUCCCCUCGAUGGAAGCAAGUCAAGGUGCCCUCACCAGUCUAUCUAGUGCCAGUUUUACUCUUCAAGUUCCAGAGCGUGACUUCAGUCAACGUCUAUCACUGCAAUCAGCCACAUAGUCCUUAUUUCUUGAUAUUUAUGGUUUUACUAUCAUUUUAUAGAGUAUUUUUUAGGCAUUUUAAUUUAUUAGCUUUUUUUGAACCAUUAAGAGGAGGCGCAGUGUGAGUGAUGAACAAAAAAAAAAGUAUGGAAGAUGAUUUGAUCCGAAGUGAGCAGUUCACAAUUUCAUGAAGCUGUUAACUUGCUGUUAAGCGAAACUUGCUUAGCACAGAAAAAUCUUGCUUAGCAGAACCAGAUUACCAGCCAAAAUGUCAUGUAAUGUAUAUUGUUGGUACUGGUGCCUACACCAGUAACCUGCAACUUUUUGCUAAACGGUUAAUUUUGUGAUAUUUUUUCGCAUAGCAGCUCUGUGAAAUUGGUCUGUUUGCUUUUUUUGUCAAUUAUUUGAAAAAGAAAUAGGUGGGUACAUUAAGAGAUUAAUGAAGAAAAAUUACUUAAAGAUUAAAAUUUAUGUUGGAUAUAUCAUGUGGAUAGAUUUUUUAGUCAAAAAUAAAAAAUAAAAAAUAGGAAUUUACUAGAAAUACUUUCAGUGUCGUAGAGAACAAUUUACAUACAACAUUGAAGGAGUUAAAUGUACAAAUAUAUAUUUUAACUGUUCGGAAAAGAAUUGCCCAGUUGUGUUGUGGAAAUCUAGGUCUAAUUCCUUUAAAAUAUAAAUGUAUCAGCAGGUUUGUGUUGCUGAGUGGGAAAUGGAGGAUUACCAACCAAGAAUGUAUUGGUUGUAUUGGUUUUUUGACUGGUUGGCAGUGUAUCGCUCUACACACUGAUUCAUGCAUUUACACCAAAAAAACUGGUACUCCGUUAAGCCACCUUGAGUCCUAAUAUUUAUUUUGAGUUUGUUCAUUUUAUCUUUUAUACUACACCCUUCCUUUGGAGUUUACAAACAUAUUUUUAAUUGCAAAUAAAUUAUACAUUUUUUUGUUUUCAAACGCGGACAGACUUAAUUUACCACAAGAAACAUUGCUUGUGAAAGAAAAACAGUUUUCUCGUCUGGUUGAUCCAAGACAAUAGAAGUAAAUUUUUUUCCCUUUCCCCUCUCUAACCAACCUCCAAGAAGACAAUUAAGGAAGAUAAGCUUAAUUCUGUGGACUGAGCAAUAUUAUGCAUCAUGCAUGUAAAGUUCUCCUGGAUUGUUCUCUGUAUUUUGUAAAUAUUGACUACAUCAGUUAUUGUAGAAUCGAUUACUGAUAUCCAAUGGAUUUUUUUAUAAACCCUUUAGAUAUAGUAUAAUCAUCACAUUUCGCCCUGAUAUGACUUAAGUUCUGGAUUUUCCAGCAAAAUGUCUAUAAAAAUAUGAUUUCCGAAGGGUUACACAUUUUAACACGAGACAACAUCAUGUUCUAUGCUGCUAUCUCAAAAUCUCAUAAAGUUGUUAUGAAGUUUCUUGUGGAAUCUGGAUUGGAUUCUUGGACAUGAACUCUUUAGCAGCAGUAGAGAUACUAGAAAAUACAUCAUCCUAAACCCUAUGCCUUCUGUGACCUUUCUACUGGCAUAUGUACUAGCAAGAUUGUUCUUUACUACCAGGGUAUUUCUGUACACCUCUUCCUUUAUAUAAUGUAUGAAUGCUAUGAACUUUGAACCCUGACCUUAGAUGAGCUUUGACCCCUGAUCUUUAAAGGUAAAAUAGUUUCACUCCCUCCCCUCCCCCCCCCCUUCCUGAAGGUAUAUUAUUAAUUCCCAGAUGUAAAUUGCUUCAACUUUUUGAUGUUUAUUAAGACAGUAGUAGUAAAGGAAGAAAGUCUGUGACAUGUUUUAUGUCAUUCUUGCUGGCAAGGUUGAAAAUAAACACAUGACCCGAGACAAAGAUUAAAUAGUACAUCCAUUGUUGAGUAGACAGAAGAAAAAAAUACACUUUUUAUACUGAAUAAAUAGGUUAUGAUGCUUUUACAAACUUUCUAACAUGUCGCUUUUUUGGUACUUAGGUAAUAUUGGUCAGGAUACCAUCGUUUUCGUUACUUUCUGUUUUUCAACAUCCUCCCUAAAGUUUUUUGGUGCAUAAAUAUGAAACAUCAGCUGCAUUAUAUAGUUUUAAGAUAAUUUGUUAAAUUAGUUGAGACAUAUAUUACAGGAUUGUUGUGUGAUUAUCUGAUUACAUUAGGGCACAUUUUCAAAAACUUGCUAAGCAGGAAUGGGUUACCAUCUAAAAUACCAUAGGAAUGAUGUAUAUUUGGCUGGUUCCCAUGCACAGUUUGCUAAGAGGUUUACUCUACUCGGCAACGCUUACCAGAUUGAUGAAAUUGUGCCUCAGUCCAGCUUGGGAUAUUUCUAGGCGUCUUUUUUUAAACAGUCAAAAUGAAGAAAGGUUUGUUUUGUCUGGUGCGGUAUGCACACAUUCAUUAUAUGCUGCCUAUUUCAUGUUCAUUUGUGCCAAAAACAAUGAUUACUAUAAACAUUCAUGUUGAGAGAAUAAGUGUCAAUGGAUUGGGAAUCAUUUUCAUGAACUGAUGACCUGACUGGAAGUCAAACAGUAGUCUAGUGUCUCCAUUCUCUAUUUUGUUUUUUUAACAUUCAUCUGGCUUUGUAUCAAGGAGUAGAAAAGAAAGUUUACAAAUGUUGUAGUUAUAGUUUCAUGUGUCUGUUAGAUUCCCUGGUAGUUCGCCAUCCUCUGCUGGUAGGACAACUUCAACAUGAAACUGAUUCCCAUCCAAUUUGCCUGUUAACUAUUCACGCACAAUUGCAGUUAGAUUGUGAUUUUUCCGAAGCACUGUUUUAAGUUCCAAGUCACGUCAACAUAGAUGAUAGCACCACACUGCAAUCAAGGAUAUCUCAUCCAGCUGCUAAGUGCACGCAUGUUUUCGCUUAGUAGAAACUGCUCACCAGACAAAGUGCCAUAGGAUAUGCAAUGUUUGUCACUGGUUUCCUGCUCACCAGACAAAGUGCCAUAGGAUAUGCAAUGUUUGUCACUGGUUUCCUGCUAAUUUUUACUUAGCUGAUAAAACUUAAAAGCAAUAUUUUGUGCUUAUCAGCUCUAUGAAAUGGGGGUUCAGGUCGGUUGUAAUCUGAGCAAAAUGCUGCCAAUCCUGAUGAGCCGGGCGGGGUGUCGUUCUUGUUGCAGACUUUGUUGAUCACUCCUUAGCCUAAUGUUCUCAAUAGUUUGCACACACGCUUGUGUUGUCUCCUUUAAACGGUCGUCCUUAAACCUUUAAUCUAUCCUGGGAUUGGUGUUCAUCAGCUGAUUUGGUUGUCCAGCGUAAUCACAAAAAUAGACCAUGCAAGUCUCAUGCAAAUUCAAACAUUUUUGGGACCACUUUGUUCUUAUCUACAUUGCUUUAAAAUGUGAUGGAAACAAACUCAUGCACUUCAGUGGGUCCCAAUGUUUGAAUACACACAAGACCUGCACAGUCUUAAAUAGGGCUAAUAAGUUUGACUCACUGUUUCCACAAAGUUCUGUAAAACUUUGUCUCCAAUGAAAAGUGUCAAUUUGACGUUUUGUUUAUUACUCAUGGAAGGUUUCACUUUGAAUAACUGCACAUUGUUGGAACACAUUUUAUUUGUAAUUUUGAAGUGAAACCAAUCCAAUUUGGCAAUAAGUUUCUGGGAUCUAAAAAUUUGGUAUGAUGUAAUUAAUGUAUUCUGCCGCCCCUUCUAGAGAUCAAAAUCACAUAAGUUUUUUGGAUGCGUGUAUAUUCCACCCUAACUAUAGAAUUAGCCUAAUUGGAGUUGGGAUGGCCCAUCUAUCUGGGCCCAAUACCAGUAAUAAAUCAAAUUCUAUAGUUGGGAGCCAAACAACUAAUUCAUUUGAAUUACCCAAACUAUGCUUUGGUUAAAAGUAUAGUAACCUAAAAGCUCAGGUGAAUGAAGAUAUACUGUUGCCAAUUUGACAAAUGUUGAAAAAGCGCCUUCUUCAAAAUUGCCUGUGCAGAAGAUGGCCGCAGCUUAAGACAAAGAAGUUUCCUGAUUGAGGGUUGUAUAUCUUCAUUGGAAGAAGGUUUCAUUCAGGGUACAAAUAUAUACCCUAUUGUGGGUAGUUAAGUUGUAUUUAUCCAAGGGGUAGUGAUCAUUGAUACUCUCAUUGGGAGAAACAAUCUGCAAUUGGGGUAAAUCUCAUUUGGGAUAGUUCCUUCUGUGGCUCAGGGCUUCCCAAUUGGGCACCAGCGAAUUUUAGUGACAGGCUAUGGAGUGUUCCAGUCAGGGUAGAAUUAUUUCCCAAUUUGGGUAAUUCUGUUUUCAUUGUCACACAAGUCUUCUUGAAUAAGGGACCAGAUAAAUCCUCACUAGGGUCAGAGGAGGCUGAUCAGGGUAUUUUUAUAAUUGAGCGGAAGUUACAAGUACUGAGUUCAGUAUUCAGAGGUGGCAAAUAUGACCAACAAAUACUUGUACCUGUAACACAGUACAAGUCAAGGCCCAUUUCUUCAGGUAUUAAGGAGUCAAGUUGGGUUCUAAAUGCACGCUUUUCGGUACCUAUUUCUCAUGCUAAGCAAUGCUCUAAAAAGGCCUAAAAGAGUCUUGGGGUAUAGUCUACUCAAACUAUUCAUUGAUUGGUUUCAUAAACCUACCUAAGCUGUUGUAAAAAUCAGAGAAGUCUGCCUAGUCUUUUCUCAAGGCUACCUUUUGUAGUGUCAAGAGCAGGGUAUAUCUACCCAUGCAGUAAAAUCCUGACGUUGUUAGGAUAUUUUUUUGGGUACUUUGAGAGUAGUUUAGAAUCAUGAAACUAAAUUGAGUAAACAUGUUUUGUUUUAUUUCGGUGUAACCAGUGAAACAUAAUUGCUGCACUUUUUCAUUUAAUGUUCCUGAAAUGAUGAAAUCACAAAAAACUUUAUACACACAAUUCCGUGUAAUUUUCAUGUUUCUGUGAGCUGUACUAUGUGUCGACCCUUCCUCCCAAAUUCAUGUCAAAAUUAUAAUUCUAUAUUUUGUAUACGUAUUUGUAAACGUUUGACUCGUUUUCUGUAACGAAUCACCUUACUCUAUUUGUUACACGCAGUGCCCUGCCAUGAAAUACAUGUACACUAGUCUUAGUCAGAGAAAGAAAAACAGUGAGAAAAAAAAAAAGAAUCUUGUAAAUUCAAUGUUUUGUGUGGUUAUAGGUUAAUAACUCCAUGUCACUAUGUAUGAGGUUUGCAACGUACUGAGCUGGUCUAGAUUCGGACCCAAGCAAUGUGUCUGUAACGUGUACAUUACAAGUUGUGUGCAAUGUGUAAAUGGACUGAAAACAAAUAAAUUAUUAUGGAAGAAAUACAAA